AGUUUGAGGUGAGCAGUGGAAGGGGAGGCCCACGGCGCGCCGCCGGUGAGACGCCAGUAGUGUGCGGCAGAGCUCGGACUGGGCUCGAGCUUGGGUUUGGUGCGGUUGGGCUGGAACUGAACUGGGGCGCAUGUCGCUCUGACUGGACUCAGUGUUGAGAUAGUGCAAACCUGUGGUCUUGGAGGACAUGGAGAUCAGAGAAUUCUGAGGACCGGGAGUGAUCUUGAUCAGAUAUUAGGCUGGUGGUACAUCAGUUCCUAAAGGAGUUUCAUCUAUUCCAUGAACAUGAAACGCCUGCUGCUUCUCGGACUUUCGAUGUUGGUGGCCCGCAGCCAGGCACUAUCACUAGACCAGUGCGACCAGGCGCUGGGGAUGGAGUCGGGUGAGAUUGCCGACAGCCAGCUCACAGUCAGCUCCUCGUUCAGCGACCACAUUGUGGGCGCUCACAGCGCGCGCAUCCGCACCGAGCACCGCGGUGGCGCCUGGUGUCCUCUGCAGGCCAUCACCGAUCAGGUGCACGAGUACCUGCAGAUCGACCUGGGUCAGGUCACCGUCAUCACCGCCGCAGAGACCCAGGGACGCUUCGGCAACGGCCGCGGCAUGGAGUGGGCCGAGCGGUACGAGCUCGAGUACUGGCGGCCCGGCUGGGACGCUGAGACCGGCUGGAGGACCUACCGGAACGUCUCUGGACACACGCGGCUGGAUGGGAACGUCAACUCCUACAUGGCGGCCAAGACGCCGCUGGACCCGCCCCUGCUGGCGGCCAAGGUGCGGCUCGUGCCGAGGAGCUCGCACCCGAGGACCGUGUGCCUGCGAGCCGAGCUGUACGGAUGUCGGUACACAGACGGCCUGGUGAGCUACAGUAUGGAGCCGCCGGACCCGAGCCGACCUGACCUGACCUAUGACGGCACCGGGUCAGCAGAGGUCAUGGAGGGCGGCCUCGGUCAGCUGACGGACGGCCGCGACGGAGGCAACGAUAUAACACGACCGGAAUGGGUCGGCUGGAAGAGGAGACCCGGAGAAAAGGUGACACUGACGUUCCAGUUCGACUCGGUCCGAGAGAUGGAGUCGGCGUCAUUCCACGUCAGUAACCACUUCACCAGCGGAAUCAGGAUGUUCGAAAGCGCCGCGCUGUUCUUCUCUGUGGACGGCUCAGAGUUCACCAGCGCUCCGGUGACCUUGACCCCGCCAGCUGAUCGCAUUUUCGAGGACGCGCGCCGCCUGGAGAUGCGGCUGUACCGGCAGGUCGGCCGCGUGGUACGGCUGGAGCUGACCACCGCCGCCAGCUGGCUGCUCAUCUCCGAGAUCAGCUUCGACAGCGCUCCGUCAUCUCACAAUGUGACCGGGCUGACGACGGUCGACGAGUCCGCCCCGCCAGUCGACUCCGACUCCGACUCUAUCUCCGACUCCGCCGACUCUGCCGAUUCCGCCGCCGAGCAGCCUGCUGUUGACCCGGGCUUCAGCGCGCCCUCAGAAGGUGCCGGCGAGUCUGCGGGCGGCGCGGAGGACGCUGUCGACAGCCCGUCGUCGCUGACUGUGCUGCUGGUGGUUCUUGGAGUCCUGCUGGUGCUGCUGCCCUCGGCGCUGGUCGGCUACGUCCUGCUGCUGGGCCGGCGGCGGCGGGUGGCCGGCGGGGCGGCCGCCGCGGCCCGGCCGCUGCCACUGCCCCUGGCGCGCAACAUCAAGGAGCUGCGUCUGAGUAUGCAGCUGACGCCUCGCCACGGCUACUCGCGACCUCCCGACUCUGGCGAGGAGGACAAACUGGACCUGGCCGCGGCCGCCGAGCGGUACCGCGUGGUGCGGCUCAACUCCGAGUACAACACGCCCGGACACGGACGGACCGAGGAACCCGCAGAGACCACCUACGACUACGCAGUGCCGGUGCUCACGCCAGCGGGUCCGGCGGCCGGCUCGGAGGGCAGCCGCUCCUGGGACAACCCCAACUACCGUCAGUCGCCGCACAACACCACCCACUCGAGCAGCCAGCCAUCCGUGUGCAGCAUCAGCGAGCUGCUGCCGUCGCCGCCGCCGCUGCCGCCGCCGCCGCCUCAGCCGCCCGCGUCGACCGGCUGGCGGUCGGCGGCGCAGCGUCGACCGGCCCUCCUCGCCGGCUCUGUACAGGGUGUGACCGGUACCUGUGUCUGGGACGCCAGCCGAGAGGGGCUGCGGGAGGACCAUCAGGCCCGGCUGGCGGUGGCUGAGGUGGACGAACACGAUAUUCAGCUGGGAGAGAGGAUCGGUCAGGGACAGUACGGUCAGAUUCGUCUGUGCGAGUUGCAGUGCCGCUCCCCGCUGGACGCCCUGUACCCGGGCUCUCGGCGGCUGGCGACGGCCCGCAGUCUGCGCCGCUGGGCGCCCGCGGACGCCGCCGCCCGGCUCCGUCAGGAGGCCGAGCCUCUGUGCAGGGUCACCGAUUGUCACGUCACCCGUCUGCUGGGUCUGUGCACCCUGGACGAGGCUCCGGGGCUGCUGGUGGAGCACCUGGAGCACGGUGAUCUCAAUGAGUUCCUGCGUAGAGCGCACCAUGAUGGCGCCAGGGGCGAGGGACAGCUUGGACUGGACUCGCUGGUCUACAUCGCCUCUCAAAUCGCCGCCGGUAUGGAACAUCUCGAAUCUCUGGGCAUCGUUCACGGUGACCUGGCGGCGCGGAACUGUCUGGUCGGCCGCCAGCUGGAGGUCAAAGUCGGUGACCUGGGGCCGAGCCGAAAGCAGUACGACAGCGACUACUUCUCCCUGCCGGACGGCCGAGUCCUGCCGCUGCGCUGGCGGCCGCCCGAGGCGCUCUUCACGGAUGAACUGAGCUCGGCCUCGGACGUGUGGUCGUUCGCGGUGACGCUGUGGGAGGUUCUGACCUGGUGCCGGCUCCAGCCGCUGGCCCACCUCACCGACUCGGCGGUCAUCGAGCGACUGGCCGGCUACCGCUCCAGCUACGGCGAGCCGCACCUGCAGCAGCCGCACGCCUGUCCUGCGCUCCUCUACCGGCUGCUGUUGCAGUGCUGGAGGCUGCAACCGGCACAGCGGCCCUCGUUCGCAGAGGUCGGCUCCCUCUUCCGCGAGACGGGCGGGGGCUGGGAGAUGAACGAGUCUGCAGAACUGUGACUGCGUGCGGCGGGAGGGGUUAGGCAGCAAUGAAGGCGUCUCGGAGGAGCCCGGCUGGAUGGAGGAGGUCUGCUUGCAGGGAUCUCGCUGGAUAUGUGUCCCUUUCCUAGAAAGCCUUGUCUUCCAACAUCUGUCAUAUCACUGGACAUAUUUCAACACUCACAUAUCUCAUGUGCACUGCAGCGAAUAUUUGAAGUGGUGCGACUGAUGUUUAUGUAGCUCUCAUAAAAGCGUGUCUCAUUUCACCUUACCCAUGGUUGUGAAGUCGAUGUGAGCUAUUUAGCUGCAUAUUUUGCAUCUGUACAUACAUGUGUGACGUAUGUACUACAGCAGACCCGCUUUAGGUACCCUGCUUCCCAUUCUUUACCCAACUCAUGAACCUGUAUGUCCUUGCAACCGUAUUGUGUAAAUUGUAAAUGUACCUUCAUGAUCAUUGUAUAAUGUUUAAGAUGUCGCUAUAUGUUUCUUGUAUACCACUGCCAACUAGGCAGUCCAGUCUUAACGAAAAUGACACGACUGAACAAACGCGGUGUAAAUGCAUAUUCGAAAUAUACUUCCUCUAUA